AGCUGCAGUGAUAAAUGAUAUGUGUAGAAUUUUUAGUAGAGGGCAGUAGAAAGUGACAAAGAGGGUUACUGCAUCCUGAGCUGUAACUAUUUUCGCAAUUUAGCAUUUCUUGUGCUUAGCUGUCGACACAUUCUGUCGAUUUGUUGUGCUGCGCUGUAGUGUUCAGAUCGGUAACAGUUCGGAGGUGCCGAGUGUUCCGGUGUCAAACACUUUCUAUCACUGACAGUAUAAGUUUUCCUCUUUCGAUGGAAUCUGUUCUAGCUUAGCUUCAACUGCAUUAUUCAAACUAUACCAUUGUCGCAAAGUCGACAGCUCUAGUUUGAUCGUUUUCCAAAUCUCAUCGGGGGAAUGCUACGGUUUGCCAAUGUUUGGUAGUUCGAUGAUGCUAGCGACAGGACAAGUAUCAUUCGCAAGGCAAGGAACAAACUAUCGAGAUGGAGAUUGAAAAUCCUGUCUUGCACGUUAUUGUAGUGGGAUUUCAUCACAAAAAAGGAUGCCAGGUAGAAUUCUCUUAUCCACCACUGGUGGCCGACACGCUUGGCAAAAACGAGUGCCCGUCGGGUUGGAAGUAUCUACCAACGCUUGCUUUACCAGACGGCUCACAUAAUUUUAGUAGUGAUUUCGUCUGCUUCAAUCUUCCUAGUCUGGUUGACCCGCAAAAGUCUGUGUACGGAAUUUCUUGCUAUCGCCAGAUAGCCAUAGAGGACGUGAAAAUCCGUACAGCCGAUCUCACUCGCAGUACCGUCCAAAAGGCGGUUUGUGCUUUACUUUCUAUACCUAUCUACGGCUAUGUCGAGGUGAAGCUCUCACUGAUAGCGCGCGCGUUCUUCGAGCAGGGCGAUUUUUCCUGCACCGACAUCUUAGUGAAAGCAUUCGAACAACUGAACGCCUGUUUGAUUUGUCUAGAACCUAGAGACAUUGCUCCGUCGCGGCUGCACUUUAUAGGAAUACCUUUGCGAGAAUUGUUGCUAAAGUGGAGACACAAAAUAUUAAUUUUGUUCAAGCUGCUCUUGUUGCAGAAGCGUGUAGUUUGCUUUGGUUCGCCGGUAAAACCUAUGUGUGCAUUGAUACUAGGCGUCGCAUCACUGCACCCCGAGCUUAUCAGCAAUGGUUUUCAACAGGUGGCUUGUGUGAAAAUAUCUCGAACGAUGCAGGCACUUAGUACACUGGUUAACGACGGAGGAAUAAUGCAGAGCAACGCGUCACAACCGAACUCUUCAAAUUUGGUCGCCGGACCUGGUCAGAACUACCAUCAUGAGGAUAAACAAACAGAAAAUAAUUGUCACGAGGCAAAGGAAGAGGAACUUAUAUUAGAAAGUAUGCAGCAAAUGAAAGGCGAUAGCGACGAUGUUAAUAGGCGUAGUGUCGACAGCACCAAGGAGUUCAACCUUGAACGAGGUAGAUCGGCCUCCAUCAGCUCCUCCUCAUCGCAGCCAUCAUCAGUAACGAAAGGGGACGACGAUGGAACGAAAGUUUGGCUUCCGACCAAUGCACAAACACUUGCUCGUGAAACAAGUGUCGACACGAUAGCGUCGAACUUUUCUAGUCUGUGCGCGAUUGAUCCAGAGGAAUGGGGUGCUCCUUUGCACCUAUUUCACGACGGCUACCUCUGCCUACCGUAUCUCUCACUACCGUACAUGGAUCUGCUAUCCGACCCAUCGGUUAAGGGUUACAUCAUUGGUGCGUCGAAUGUACUCUUUCAACACAAACGCCAGCUGGCGGACGUAAUGAUCGACAUUGAGAACAUGGUCAUCGAUGCGCUCGAUCUCGAUACCAAGCGUCAGAUACAACUAAGCACCGAGGAUUUACGAUUCGUCGAUUUUGUCGUACGAAACGUACAAACUCCUCGGGAAGAUGCCGAGGGCAGUGAGAGUUGGAUACGGGAGCAGCUAUAUGGUUACACGGUGGCGUUGCUUAAGUCAUCCCUAAAUACCGAGGGUAGCAAAGAAUUUGAACAUUUUAAUGUUCACUUCAUGGCUGCGUUCAAAGCAACAUACUGUUACGACGAAUGGUAUAAACGGAUGGGGGGAGGUGUCGUGCCUGCCUUCGACAGCUUGCACACGGGCCAUCCAUUCGCUGGGACGCUCUCCAUUGCCGAUAUGAAGCUUAAAAUCGCACAAACGAUACAAAAUACCGAAGGAGGCAGAAAACUGAACCAGGCCGUUAUCAGUACCAGCCGAGUCGUUGGUGGUGCACUGACCACGGCAAAGGGUGCCUUCUCUAGUUGGUGGACCUCGGUUACAGCACCGCCGGUAGGUGACCCCCUUCUAUCAACGAUCUCUCAACAAGCAAAUAAUGCAUCCGUCGCCGCCGUCGAAUGCGGUCUUAAAGAUGACGAGAACGAACGCGAAGGAGAGUUGGUAUGCGAAAACCAAACAUGCUACGGGGCCACCUCGACUCCGACUACAGUAGCGAAGGCAGAGUUUGCUUCUCAGCAACAGGUCAGAGAUAGGAAAGCUGUGAUCGAAAUCGGCAAAGAGGCAGAAUUACUGAACCAAGAGCCGUGAACCACAUAAGUGGUUUCUCUUCAGUGAACAAGCACCGUUGUGUCACGAUUCCAGUAUUUUAGUAAACGCUACACUCAGCGUGAUAUCUGUGGGUUUUACGUCAGCAAUUUACCAUUCGCCUCAUUACAAUACAUUAAACGAUCCACGUUUGCUUUGUGUUAAAAUUAGAAAAUCGACGUUUUUGUGUUCCUAAAAGUCUUUUAAGAAAGAGGUUCAUUCAUUCCUACAACUUUCUCUGGUUCAAUCUAGAAUCCUAGUUUCUGCUAUUAAUUCGAGUCAGACUCGUUAAUAGAAAAUGUACUCAAAGAACGGAUGCAAUAUUUGCAACGACUAUAAUCUAAUCUCAGCGAACUUUAAAUGUUUACGAAGCUAGCACAGGUAUGUUACCAAUUAAUCGAUCUAAAAACGAACAACCAAAUAUGAACACAUUUCCAUGAUAUGAUUCUAUUCUUUGUCUUGGAAAAGAAACGCCCAGGAAGACACGGUUUAUAUUUAGAAACUUGCUAAUUUUGCACCCAAUUGUCCUUUAAUCGAUAUUAAUUUACGUAAUACAGGACGUCGAUAACUCCCUUGAAAACCAAUUUGGUUACUAAAAUCGCAUAAGAAUUGAGGGGUAAAUGUUUCCCUAAAAACCUACCUUUUCAAUUAAACGUACACGUUUAACAUAGUUCUGGAAUGUUUCAUUUCCAACCAGCAUUUGCAGAUGUCAUGGGAACUGUUUACUUUAUGUUAAACUGUGUCUUAGCGAUAUAUCAUAGUUGAACUGAUUUAACUCUUUAUACCUCUAUAGAGAGUUGUUGUUGUAAAUUGAUUCAUUCCUUAGCAAGUGAUCGCUAUCUACUAUUAGUUCUCGUUCCACAUCUGUUAGUUUAACCUGCUGGUCUCUUCACCGACUGCUAGUUCGUUGCUAGCAUUGAAUAUUUCCAAUUCCGUUUGAUUUGGCGACAAACGCCACUCACCAUAUUUUUUAAAUUUUAGAAUAAUGGAAAGCCCGUAUUUAUGCUUAACAUAUUUAGGGUUUCGAAAUGUUUUGCAUGAAGUCAUCCACUUCUUUCAUACAAAAUGAAACAUUGCAUCAACAUCAAUCUAAAAACACAGAUACAAACAAUUGAUAAAUUCCUUUGAUUUAUUCAUGAUUGAAAAUAAAAUGGUCGUCUAUUUGUACAAGUAACUUCGAGUACACCACGUAAGAUUCCUUUUCUCAUUUGGUUAUAAAAAACGGAUUUAUAUUUUUCGAUGUUUGAACAUUUAUUUGAAUGGGUCAUUCAAAACAUUUUUUAUGAAAAACAAUUUUGGUCAAAUGUUCACUACAAUUGGCUUGACAGUAGCCACACCUAUUUUUGAGUACAUUUUCGAUUGCAUCUGGUCUUAUCUCGGAAAUAGCAAUUUGAAUGUGGGUCUUGAGGUCGUGAAUGGUUGCUGGCUUGUUCGCGUAACAUUUGUCUUUCACC